AUGUUUUCUGUGAACGUGGCCAUGGGAAUGGCCAUCAUCACUCAGACUGGAAUAGGAAUCACAGGGAAUUCUUCCCUCCUCUGUCCUUAUAUUUAUUCUCUUUUUAGGAAGCACAGGAUGAGACCAUUAGAGCAAAUGAUCCACCAUCUUGCCUUAGCCAAUAUGUUGUGGAUUAUCUGUGGAGGAAUCCCUCAGGCCAUGGCAGACUUCGGGCUGCGGUAUUUCCUGGAUGAUAUUGGAUGUAAAUUUGUCUUUUAUUUUUACAGGGUGGCCUGGGGAAAUUCUCUUAGCACCAUCUGUCUUUUAGGUGGCUUUCAGGCCUUAAGUAUCAACCCCACAAACCCCAGAUGGGUAGAACUCAAAUUCAAAGCCCUAAAGCAUAUUAAUUCUACCUGUCUCUUGAGCUGGAUGUUUCAUUUGAUAGUAAAUAUUAUUGUUCCCAUGAAAGUGACUGGCCAAACCCAUAGCAGAAAUAUCACUGUGCCUUCAAAUCUUAGAUAUUGCUCUCGUCUUUUUAUUAACACAAUUGCAGAAUCGGUAUUUUCAUUUAUUUUCUCCUCUGUGGAUAUUAUUUGUUUGGGAUUCAUGAUCUGGGCCAGUGGAACCAUGUUAUUUUUCCUUCACAGGCACAAACUGCAAGUCCAGUACAUUCGUAGCACUGGACAAUCUCCCCAAAUAUCCCCAGAGACCAGGGCCAUAAAAUCCAUCCUGACACUUGUGAGCACUUUUGUCUUAUUUUAUUCCCUCUCUGCUGCUUUUGAAAUUUAUGCUUUUUAUGUCAACAAUCCACAGUCGUGGCUGGCAAACACCACUGUGAUUGUAGCAUCUAGCUUUCCAUCCUUCAGUCCCUUUUUGCUCUUAAGAAAUUACACUCACAUCUUCAAGCUCUGCUCCUCCUGCUGA